AUGAUCGACAAUCAUCUCAGAAUGGAAAGCAUGCGAUCGCGGGUGCCACGUGAGCGCUGCUGCACAUUUGGUCUGAAGCGCAGGCAGUUCCUUCGUCAGUCGGUGGAGUAUUGCCACGGCAAGCCAUCGUCCAGGCAUGCUCCCGGUGCCGGAGAUCUCACCCUGAAGAUCUCGUUCCCACCCCUUCCGGUUGUCGCCUUGCUAAGCAGCAGCGAGCUGCCAACGCGCUUCAGGCACCAGAGGCACCUGUCCAGCCGCCGGGCUGAGCUUAUUUGGCAAGCGCUUGCAGAGGCUGCGCCGAGAUUUGUUCUCGUGGUAAAGGAGUCGGAGCCCCUUGUGACGGCGCAUGGCUGUGUCAACGCUCGUCGUUUCAGAUCCUAUCGAGUGAGGCCCACUCUGGUCGGUUGCCAGAGCCAUCGCCAGAGCGACAAGAAGGACUAUGUAGUCGCCGGUGUCGCAAAUUUGCGGCGAAGCUUAGAACGCCAGCUUGAUCAUCCCCGCAGUGAACGGUUGGACCUCUUACUGGAGGAGGCGAAGAAGCUUUCUGCCGAUUUGCAGCCGUUCGUGUCCUUGUCCAACGAGUUCAAAUCAAAAUGGGAUUCGCAGAAGGCUGCGAUCCUGUUUCAAAAGAAGACUGAAAUCGAUGCGCAUCUUCAGCGAGAAGACGACAUUGCACAAGCCGAGUUCGCCAAGACAGCAGAAGUGGAGCUGCGUGCCCUCGCCACGGCUGAGGAGCAGCGUGGUGGCACGGCCCGUUCGCAGGAACUCGAGGCGAUCCUUCGUCAAGCAGUGGAGACUUGGCGGGUGGAGGUUCACGGCGCCAGCCUCGUGAACAAGACCGAUGUAGAGAAGGCCGUCCGACAGUGCUUGGCACGGGUGGUUGCGUGGACUUCGACGCAGGAACAACGCAUGGUGGCCACUUGGAAGGAGACUGCUCGGCAGCUGGUGUUGGAAGUCCACAAAGUGGAUGCGAACAGCUUCCAAGCGCUGGAAGACACGUUGUCCGCACGCAGGGCCAUCGUGGAUGAUCUUCUGACACGCCAGCGACGAGAACUGACAAAUGCAUAUCGACAAAUGCAGGACAACCUAACCCACAAGACGCGCGAGAUGCUGCAGUCAGACCGUGAAGUUCAGCGGAAGAGGGACAGCAAGGCAGACCGCAGGCUCAUACUAAAGGAAGCCCAACAAGCAGCCAGAAGCAGAGCGGAGGUUGCCAAGGCAGAGUCUCUCAAGGCCUUGGAUGCCCACACUCAGCUAUGCUGCUCAAAAGUGGAUCGCUGGGCUUCUCUGUUCCUGCUGAAGAAGUCGCUCCUUCAAGAAGUAAUCGGAGAGAUUGGUCCAACGCUUGCCGCCAACCUCGAUGAUGAGCUGCGAACUACAGUGGCUCAGAUUCGGCAGCGGCAGAGCCAAAGAGUUGGCGAUGCCGAAGAUCCUCGUCAGCUUCGAGGAGUGGCCUCAGAAGAUCAGUUGGAAGACGGAGAACGGCCAACUGAAGCCAGCCCUGAAGAAAGUGCGGAGCUGGAAGCGAUGCGACGCAGUCGAAUGAGCCACGAGCUGAAAGAUCUGAAGGAUGAAGUUGAGGCGAUGCUUGCGGCUUCGAGGGAUCGGAAGUCUUGGAAAAAGGACAUAGACGAGGCUGCGGCGAAGGGCUUGAUCCUACUCCAAGAUGCCAAAGCUGCUUUGGAGGUUCAGUCGCAGAUUUUCCAAAAGGCCGAUGGAAGCCAAGCCGAUGACAGGUGGCUGAAGGAAACAGUAACCGGACUGUCAAAUUGCACUCAAGGCUUCCAGGCAGAUCUCGUCCCAAAGUUCGAAGAUGUAUCCAACCUUAAGUUGAUGUGCAUCAAGAAGCGCCACGACUACCUGGGCCAACCUGUCCAGAAGCUGGAGCAGAGCUUGCUCGAUGCGGAACGGGAGAUCUUGAAGUCGAUCACGAGGCUGGCCGCCGAAGCCGAGGCCCUGUCGGAGAUUGGCCGGGCCAUCCAUCAGAAAACGGCGGCUUUGGCUCCAGUGGCCAGCUCCUGGCGCAAGGCAGCCACUGCAGCGCUCAGCAUUGUGCAACGGCUUUGGCAGCUGGCGAAAACGAGCCCUGAAGAGCAGAAGAGCUUUUUCACUCGACUCCUUGCUGUCCUGGUUUCCGAAAGCGCGGUGGGGAGGGGAGGCAAGGGAUUCCUGCGCUUCGAGGGCGAAGACGAGCUCAGCCGAUUUCGGCAGAGGUGGGAGCACAGCCUCUCAGGUAUCGUCCCGGAACUCGCCCCGUGGCCAAGGCCCGGGCUCGCGACGCACAUCGAGUACCUGUGUGUCUCCGCGGAGAGAGAAGGCCCAGAUGGCCCAGGACAAGCCGGCGAAGGCGGCGAAAGAAGCACCAAAGCCGUGCUUCUCACCGGCUUGGCCUGCAGCCGCCUUGGCCUUGGCUUCCCGCAGAUAUCUUUGCCCGAGAAGAGGCAAAUCCCUGUGCACGUAGCCCUCGGGGUGAUGGCCGAGGCAGAGAUGCCUGGAAUCGUGCAGAGUCUCCGCAUGACUGCAUCGCAUCCGCUCGCAGUAGAUCUCCAGAGAUGGAUGGCGUCAUGCGCAGAUCUGGCGCAGGUGCAGCUCUUGAGCGACACACCGACGAAAGCGCCUGCCCUGCGCAUUCCGCAGAGGGCUUUUUCCGAUGGGCCCAUACAACCACCUCGAGAGCCAGGUCUGACUCGCAAAGCGCACCGCUGCAAAGAGAAGGAGCGCAGCUGGCGCCGACAAAGUGACCUAAGCGUGAAAAGCCUUUCGACUUACUGCCCAGAGGACAGUGCGCAGAAAGUCUUGCUGGUCUUUCGGGGGAGGCAAAGACAGCCAGCAUUCGCUGAAAACCGAGCUUACAAUUCCGACCAUUCUUCACAGGAUCGUUCCGGCUUGGCCUACGACGAUCUCUUUGCAGAGAACAGGCUGAUGCUGAUCCCUGAUGGAUUUCUCAACUGA